GAAGGCUGCCCGGGUUAUCCAACUGGUUUGCUGGUCUUCCUCUCCCUCAACACACACACACACUCUCUCUCUCUCGCUUCGCCAACCAUCUUUUCUUUUGUGGAUGAACAGUCAGAGACUAGUUUCUUUAGAAGCUCUUAAAUUGAUUGAGUAAUGAUGUAGAGAGAGAAAUAGAGCAGGAAAAAGUCAGUGUUUGUGUGUGUGUGUGUGUGUGAUAACUUAUAAUUCUGGGUUUGGUUGCUUUGUGGGUUUUUGUUAUUCUUUGAUGGGUUCAGAGGGAGAAGAAGUAGUGAAAACGGUGAAGGAUGGGUUACCCAAUACGCUGAAAUGGUGGGUUGCUUACACAAUUUGUAUAUAUCAUCAUUGUACGAGUUGGCCUCAUGUUAGCCAUGGCGGUGUUUCGUCCAAGUACUCUUUGUGAAGAACAACUUUGUAAUUCACUCCCUCUUUGAGCUCCUCUUUGCACAUUUUAACUCAACCAAGAUCAAACCAGAAAAGAAAGUGAAAAGGGCGGUGAGAUCCUAUUAAGUGGAUCUGUUUCAAUUCGAGAGAGAGAGAGAAAAAGAGAGAUCAGUACUUUGGCCUUGCUGCAGAGUCAUGAAGAGACUUGGCAGCUCAGAUUCUUUGGGCGCUUUGAUGUCCAUCUGUCCUACUACCACAGGUAAAUACGGAAUUGAUUCUCACUUUUUGAGUUCUUUGGUUCAGAAGAGCACAGUCCGGCGAACAACCAUGUCUACGAGAGGGAGAUUCAGUCCAUGCUGGAAGGCCUCGACGAAGAAGGCUGCGUCGAACAGUCCGGCCACGUCGCCGAGAAGAAACGCCGGCUGAGCGUCGAUCAAGUCAAGGCCCUCGAGAAGAAUUUUGAGGUGGAGAACAAGCUUGAACCGGAGAGGAAAGUGAAGCUUGCCCAGGAGCUGGGGUUGCAGCCCCGGCAAGUCGCCGUUUGGUUCCAGAACCGCCGCGCACGGUGGAAGACCAAACAGCUCGAGAGAGACUACAGCCUCCUCAAAGCCAACUACGACGCUCUCAAGCACAAUUUUGACUCUCUCCAACAUGAAAACGAAGCUCUAUUCAAAGAGAUGAGAGAAUUGAAAUCGAAGUUGAAGGAAGAGAACGGCGAAAGCAUGGUGGUAUCAGUGAAAGAGGAGCUAACUGGAUCCGACUCUGAUGAAAAAGCCAUUGAACAGAAAGGUGAACCGGCAACGGCUUCGCUUGCCGGAUCUGAUCUCAACUACGAGAGCUUCAACCACGGCAAUGGCGUGGUGAGAGCCUCGAUCUUCCCAGACUUAAAAGACGGGUCGUCGGACAGCGACUCGAGCGCCAUUCUGAACGAGGACAACAGCCCCAAUGCGGCGGCGAUCUCCUCCGCCGCCGCCGGCGGGGUCAUGCUCCAGAACCACCAGAUCGCGGCAGCGCCGAGUUCGCUCAAGUUCUGCUGCUACCAGUUCCCGGAGUCUAAAACGGCGAUUCUAGGAGACGCGGAGAAGGCGUACCAGCCGCAGUUCGGGAAGGCGGAGGAGGAGGAGCAGAAUUUUAUCAGUGGCGAUGUGGCCUGCAAUUUCUUCCCCGAUGACCAAGCUCCGACGCUCCAGUGGUACUGUUCCGGCCAGUGGAGCUAGAGAAAUUCGAACGAAACCCCAUCAUCUCCCGAACGGCGAGCAGAAUAAGUGAAUAGAGCGAGACGCAGAGUCCAUUGUACAAAAAGAAGUGUUACAGAGAGGAGGAAGAAGGGGAAGGGAUGGUCGUUGGAGGCGGCGCAAGGCGGCGCCGGGAGCCUUUGUCUUCUGAGGCCGUGCGGGAAUGAUUAGGAAGUAAUUAAGCUGUGUUUUUCGCAGUCUUAAGAAAAAGGGGAGAGAGAAAUUCAACCGAAGAUUUUAUUAUAUAAAUCUCUCUGUAAUGGUGAAAUAAUGAUCAUUAGGUUGGCCUUGUCUGUCAAACGUCUCCUUUCACAAAUCAACGGCGGCGGCGGCGGAAACCCCACCGACGGCUGCAACCGCCAAUAGGUGGCGGCCAAUCGAUCCGACCGGACCGGAGAGAGCUGUUUGGAGAUUGCCCUUGUCAUAAUAAUAAUAAUAAAAUGCCUUUUAAGUUC